AUGAAUUAUUAAGGCUAGAAUUCUUACAUUCAUACGAUAGCCAAUGCAUCUCCUGUUCAUGCUAAAUCAACAUAAACGAUUCAGUCAAAUAUUACUUAAUUCAUCCUUUUCCCUUCUAUUAAGUUCAAUAGUGACUACUUUGAUAGCAAGGCUGUCUUCCUCAAGAAUAAAUUAAGCUACUAAAUUAUGUAAUCUAGAAUCAGAAAUGAUCAUUCACAAGGUCAUGAUGAUAGGAAUAACUAUUUAACCUCCCCCACAUUUUUAGGAUAAGAAAAUCAUAGUCAGAGUCUACAUCCAAACUUUUUUAAUACUAUACAUCUCCCAUUCAAAUAAGUUAAUAUUCGCCCUAACAUGCUAGUAAAGGAUUUCAUUCUUGAAGAGAAUAACUAAUUUAUGGAUGAGAAUGUUACCAUUGAAAAAUGGGCAAGGACCUAGCGACAAAGAAUUUUAAUGAACAUAUCAUUUGACUCAGACUACCAUAAUAUCUAUAACCCUGUAUUUUCCUCAGAAAAUUCUGGAUCUAGAUCGGUAUCAUCUAUUGAGAAGUCAGUUUACCAAGAUUUUUCACCCAUAAGACUUGAGGGUUCAAGGGACGAAUUUUCAUCUGGGAGUAGUACUCCAUCAGUAGCAGAAGAAAGAGAUACGAUUUCUCUUACUCCAAAUGCUAUUACUCCAAAUCUGUCUAGAAUAAUGAAUAUUUGUAGCAUAAGUAAGAUAGAUCAAUUAUCAAUUUUAAAUCCAAAUACAGAGAUAUCUCCACUGCCUUACAGGGCACCAAAAAGCUAAUUGUCUUUUAAUAAAACGAAGCCAAAGAAAGUUUACUAGUUUUAAAGAACUGAUAUUACUGGAAAAAGUUAUCAGCAUAGUGUAAUAAAUGAUGAAAUUGCAAACAUUGAAUGCGUUAUUGUCCAAGAACCUUAGUUUAAGUUCAAAUAAUAAAGUGAAAAUAUUAAUAACACUGAUUAAAAGCAAAGAUUAUAAAUUUCAUAAAUAAGUAUAGGAGAUAGUCUGCCUGUCCCUGGAUUGCUGAGCAGAGGCUCAAAUGGAAGAAAUAUUUCAAACAUUAUUAUGUCACAUAAUCAUGUAAUGCAAAAUACUAAUAACUAUAAAACAGAGCCUAAUGAUUCAAUCUUUAUGAGUCAUAUAGGCUCAAUAUAGCAUAGUCUUCCUUAUCAAGAUUUUUAGCAAUCGGGCUAAAAAAGCCCAGCUAAGAUACAACUCAGAACUAAAUAGACAUCAAAGAUAAAUCAUAAUAAACCUGCAAACAGAUUUUUAAAGAAGAAGGUAUCCAUAGAUUAAGGCAGUUUUAAAAGUAAAAUAACAUAUGAUAACACAGCAAUGAAAAUGAAGAGAGAUAGUUCAAAUCAUCUACUAAAUUUUGAGCAGUCAAGCAUCAUCAAUCCAUAUGAAACACUUUAUGGUAGUCCUCAACAGCUUAUGGACAAAAGCACUACAAUAGGUAAUGAAAUUCGAACAUCUUUAUUAACAACAGGAGCUACUGAAGCAAAGAAUCCAUAUCGUAAAAAUAAGUAAGCUUUUACUUAGAAGGCUCCAGGAACUACUGCGAUGAGAAAUAGUCAGAGUAUGUCUAACUUAAACUUAUAACCUAGAGCAUUUAUUACAAGAAAUGUGAAAAUUAGAAAGAACAAUAACUAGUCUUAAUUCGGUCUUAUAAAUCCCGUACCUGUUGGCUGCUCAUCUGAUUUUUAAGUAACACCUGUUAAUCAGUUCACCAGAAGAAAUAUUGAUAUUGGUUUUAAGGAUGAAGUUAUAAGAGAGAUUAGUCUUCAAAAAUCUUAACCCUAAUCAAGUGCAGCAUUGCUUGUUAAGAAAGAACAGAGUUUGCAACUUAAGAGAUAAAGACUUGCUAGAGACAUAUUAUUAUCAAAAGUAUAUAACUCUAAUAAUCAAUAACUUGUAAUCAAUACUCAUAAAAAGACAAAUACAACAAUAUAGCAUAGCAACAAUUUUAAUCAUUAGCAAUUCUAACAAAUAUCUCUGUCAAAGGUGGGUUCUGUUAAGUAAAGCCAAGCUUAAUUGAAAACAGCCAUAAAAAAAUCUUCUGGAAAAAUUGACCAGCAACUUACAUUUAGCCAUUAGAAUAAUGGGGCCACCAAUUUUAACUAUCAGCAUUCCAAGAAUGAAAUGAGCAUGAGUUACUUUAAUAAACCACUUGAAAACAAGCCAUUUAUUCGAUCUAUAGCAAGUACUACUAUGAAGAAUUCAAAUUUUAACAGUCAAAGUAACAACAUGGGCAACAUGUUCCAUGCUCAUUUACCCACAAUCAAUAAUUUUCUUAAAUGA